GAUAUUAAAUAUAUGUAUAUAUUAUAAAUAAAUAUAUUUGAAAAGUGAAAAUAGAGCUUUGAAAAAUUAGAAGUGUUCUAUGAUGUUUAAUGCUUUUUACGAGAAUUUAUGUCCAGAUAAGGAGCAAUAUAUAAAUACAAUGUUUUCAUUAUGUGAUUGUAUUUUAUACUAAUGAAAAAUUACAGGAAAAAUUACAAUGAGAAGUUUAUUAAUAUUUUUACCAAACAGGCUUUACAAGGAAAAACCUGGAUACAUGUUUGGUAAAAUAGUGUAUGAUGAUAAUACAGGAGUAAAAAAAUUUUAUGUCAUUGGUGUAUGUAAGGUAGAUAAUUUAGAAACAAUGAAAUGUGCCAGUAUAAUUGGAUAUUAUUCUGGCAGCGAACACAAAAGAGGAUAUGUAGAUAAAAAAUAUUUAGACUGGAUUAAUAUAUGCUUGAAUUCUACAUUUUACUCUAAGUGUGAUAUUUAUGACUACAGUCUGAAAGGUAUUAUUGUGAACAAUAAAAAAAUUUCUACUCUACACUGUCAUACAGCCAUUAUAGUAUAUGAUCAAUCAGCAUUUAGAGAAACAGAAUUAUUUGCUCAAAAAGCAGUAUCUGGAGACCACUUUUAUGAGUUAAUGAAAAUCAUACAAAGCAAGCAAAUUGAGAGAGAAAUACAGAAGAAAGGAAAAUGUACUUAUGUAAAAGAAACACUACUUGUGUAUCAUAUGUUCUUAUACUUUUAUCCAGUCCUUUUUCUUGCUAAAAUAACCAACAAGUUAUUACCAGUUUUAAAAUAUUCUUUUCUUGGUUUGCAUGUUAAUGGAUGGUUGGAAAAUGUCAAAUGGAUGUUAAUCACUGUAAUAAAGAACAAAAAAUUUAAUUUGAAAACUGGUAAUUAUGUUUUUGCAUUAAUAAUAGAUAUGUUAUUGGGAAUUUCAAUAUUACAGUUAUUAUUGCAUUACUUUGAGUACAUAUCUCCAUCUCAGAUACUUUUGGAUAAUGCAGAGAAGGCUGUCACAUUUUUGAAGGACUUAAUUAACUGGCUAAUGGGUGUACCAGCUGGUUUAAAAUUAAAUCAUGCCUUAAACAAUAUGCUUGGGAAAUUUUUUCUAUACCACAUACAUAUGUGGUGGACAUUCUUAAUAUUUAUGAAACCUGUAAUGGAUUUUACAUUCGAAGUACUGGUAUUAUUUGGAAAGCUUGGUAUUACAUUUCAAAUAGCAAUAGCAGCUGAUCUUCUAGCACUUGUCAGUUUUCAUGCUUAUUGUAUCUAUGUAUAUGCUGCAAGGCUUUUCAAUAUUCAAUUAAAGGGUAUUACUGCUUUGUUUCGACUAUUUUUGGGUAAAAAGAAGAAUCCAUUGAGAGAAAGAAUUGAUUCUUGCCAAUAUCAACCUGAUCAACUGUUUGUAGGAACUCUAUUGUUUACUAUUCUACUGUUCCUCAUGCCAACAACUUGGGUUUAUUAUGUAGUUUUUACCAUGCUCAGAUUAGCACUAAUCAGCUUUGGAGGUUUGUUGACAAGAAUGAAGUUUUAUCUUCAAGUUAUGCCUGUAUAUACAUUUUUUAAGUGGUUAUUUCAUUCUUAUAGCACAUGCAGUAUUGUUAAUAUUAAAGUAUAUUCAAAUAGAACAGAAGGUCCAAUAAUAUUAAUAAUGACAAUGGUAGUAGCAUCAUGGCAUUAUACAUGGGACAAAUGUAUACCAGACACAAUUAAUCGUCAUCCAUCCAUAGAAUGGAAUAAGAUAAUAAACAAUAUAAUAUGGGAAAUUACAGAUAAAAUAGAUAACAAUGUUGAUACCUCUGCAUGUGAUACUAAUCAAGUGAAAAACGUGAAUAAGCGGAACAUGAAACGUAAAAGACAACAUAAAAAAAGAAGAGACAACAUUAAUGAUAACAUUGAUGAAAAUAUAAUUAAAGAUGACAAAGAGGAGAAUGUCUAUACUGAGAUAAAAGAGAAUCAGGAUGUAGAAGACACGAAGAGCGAUGAAGAAUCAUCACCAAACAAGAAAGCAAAUAUAGAUACAACAAAUGGUUUAAAUGAUAUAGAAGAAAUUUAUAAAAAUAACUCGAAAACUCCAAGACGGCCUUCUAAAAGAGAAUUAAAAAAACAAAAAGUUGAGAAAAGAAAUAAUAAAAGAAGGAUGGCCAGUAGAAUUGAAGCAAUGACAAAAGGACUUAAUUAUGUUUCAAAGUGGAAAUAUGCACGAAGUGAAUGGAAGUUUGAAAAGAUAAGACAAAUUUGGUUAAUUGACAAUUUGCUAGAUGAAGCUUAUAUUCCAGAUGACAUUUUUCCAAUAGUUUUAGAAUAUUUUGAAGGAUGUAAAGGAAUGGCUCGAGAACUACUUUUAAGGAAAGGCUUGGAUGUUGUAAGGAAAGUAGAAAAUGAACGAAAUAAAGACGAGGUAGAAUCUGUUGCUUAUCAAAGGGCAAGAAAACUUCUACAAGCUUUACCUACCGAAACCUAAA